GCAUGCGUAGUAGUAGUAUUUGUAAGACAGUCAGACGAUAGAGAGGAAAUAUAAUAAACAAGUUAGAAAAUAUAUUAUAAAUUCGAGAAUAUCGAGAUAUUAAACUGACUUAGAUAUGAAAAAUAUUAUUGGAAGCGGACAAUCCUAUUUAAAUAGCGAUAUGUGCACUAAAGAGGUUUCAACCGCUGAUAGUUUGGAGAUCAAAAGCGGUCGAUUAUGUCUUGUACAGCAACAUAAAGGACGUAAAUUGAAAGUACAAGUGUUCGUCCGUGUGUACCGAAGCUCAUUUGAACACUAUGCGGUGUUGUUCAAGGACCAAAAAUUCAGCCUCCAGUCUGGAUAUAUUAGUUUGAAAAAUUGUAUAGUGGACAAAACUAACGAGAAAGAACAUCAAGUUCGUGUAACAUUAAAUGAUUACGAGGGCACAGGUGUUACGUUUGAGUCCAACUCGUGCAAAGAAGCAGAGGAAUGGCACGAUGCUCUUCAGCCACAGAUUUUAUCUUCGUCACCGACGUUAAGCGCAAUAUCACCGAGUCUCUCGCCGGUAAUUCCAAGAUCGCCGUUAAUGCCGACAUUGGCAGAGGAAGAGGAGAGCGACGACGACGUUUGAAAUGACAGCAAACUUAUAUUUCAUGGUCGUUGUUGUCACUGGUUACAAUGGAUCCCAAAAUCCAUUUACUCAAAGGAGCGUUAGGCAUUUUUGAGAACAUUUACUAAGUUAAAACUUGGUAUUUAGAAGAAAUCCUGCCAGAAUCUGCGCAAUUAUUUACAUUUUGGUGCUAUACUGGUGCGGUUUGAUACUAUUUUGACUGUGAUAUGUGAGUUAAGUACAGUGGACUUGAUACAAAAAAAGCUACAUGAAUUAACUCGGCCCAGUCACCUCAUGCAGUUUCCUACCAUUUUACAAUUCGAUACAUGCGUCAUUCUUAAAUUUUAGACAAUGAAAACGAAUAUGUGAAUUGAGUACUUUUAGUGAUUGAAGGACGUUACGUAAAUUUUGAUUUCAAGGACUUCUUUGGGACAAUCCUAUGUCGUGACACAGUUGUGGCAAACAAAAAACACCCACAUUACGAAUCGAAUGAUGUAAAACACUUCAGACAGGCAAUAUAAAUUUACCUGUACAACAGCUAUCUCACCUGGGCGCGUGCCAGAUAUGAUAUGACUGAAAGAGUAGUCAGCCUUUCCGGUGUUUCACAUUUGUGCUGUACGAUUAAUUUGUUUUCUUUUAGAUUUUGUUAUAUUUCUAAAGAAUUUACCUUAUUCUAGUCAAUGUAAUACAAUUGCAUUUGCCUGUUAUUACGUUCAAAGAAAUUAUGAAAUGAUAAACUACGUAAUGCUUCUUUUGAUUUCUAUUAAAGUUAUGACUCACUCUAGAUUAACUGUGGGAAAGUUUCUCCUAUCUGUUUGUUCAUCAGUUUUAUCUACUUUUCCAUCAUGCAUUGAUUGAUAGUUUAUCUUAUUGCUAUGAAUCAUGCUUUAAAGUAAAUUUGGCGUACAAAUAUAUAAGUAAAGUACUACAAUAGAUUAUGGUAAAGACAUUUAUAGAUAGUCAUCAUGUUUAAUUGUUUAUCAUUUCUACUUCUUAUGAUGAGUACAAUAAUAAAGUAUGCCGAUGAGAAAUCAAAGCUAUUUCUGGGAAGAAAGCUGUAUAUUCUUUGAUUAAACAUAUUUUAAGAACUCUGUUUUUCACCAACAACUUUUUGUAGAUCAGAGAUCAAAAAUAUCUUAGAUAUGUGUACAAAGCUUUACUUUGGUUAAAAGGAUAUUUCAAGAUUUUUUUCCAUGAUCUUUUAAGAAUAUUAUUUUAAUUUUGUGAUUAUUUUAACAAGAUAUUAAGCUUUAGUUUGCUUGUUUGUUUUGUUGUUUUUUUGUCAUAAGUACGAUCAUGUGCUGAUAAAUGUUUCAUCAGUUUUUAAGUGAUACCGCUGAUUUUUACCACUUAUGUGAAAUAUAAUGUGUGAAAAUGGUUGUUAAUAAUUAUACAGGUUAUGCAUAUUAUUGUUUAAAUUAUUUGAAGAUUUGUUAUAUGUUAGCUAUUGUAUGACUAAAGUGCUAGUUGUAGCCAAAGAUAAAAGUGUGAAAAAAGUACAUUAAAAAUAAAAUAAAAUGGUGAAAUGUCA